AUGGUUGAUUUGAUCAUAACGCGUUGUAACGCCUUCUUUGAACAAUUCCCUGAACAAACACUUCCAUUUGGGGAACAAGGACCGGGUUUGGUAAUGACCAAGGAAGAGGAUGUGGUGUUGCAAGACACCAUCGACGUCAAAGGUAGUAAGAAGCUGACAGAAGAUAACUUCAAAUCAAAGAAUCUUCAUUCAGAGAGAAAAAGAAGAGAGAGGAUUAAUCAGAGAAUCUAUGCUCUUAGAGCCAUAGUCCCUGUUAUUACAAAGAUGAAUAAAAAUGGAACUAUUAGUGAUGCGGUUGAUUACAUCAAUGAAUUGCUAGUAGAGAAGCAGAAACUUGAAGAUGAGCUGAAUGGAAUCAACGAGAUAGAAUGUAGAGCAGAGGAAGAAGCUCUGAUAGCUAAUCCAGAAGCUGAGAAAUUUUCCUCUAAAGUCACCAAGAAAGUGUACAACGAGGUGAAUCUUGAAGUCCAUGAGACUGGUAAGGGAGAUUUCUUGAUUCGUGUUACGCAGGAGCAUAAACGAGAUGGAUUCAAGAGGUUGAUAGAGGCUGUAGAUUCUUGUGGACUUGAGAUUAUAGACGUCAAUUUCACCAGACUCGAUCUCAGAGUCAUGACCAUUCUCAGUGUUAAGGCGAACAAAGAUGGAAUUUCACAUGAAGAUCUGAGAGAUUUUCUGUUCAAGAUGAUGAUAACUUCAGAUGCAGAGUCUGUAAAACAAUGUACAUACCCAACCAAAUGAAAGUGUUCAAAUGUUUUGUUUGCUUCAGCCACAAGUUGCAGCUUUGGUCUGAUUCUCACAAGUUUUUUUUUGGUGACAAGUUUAUGUGUUGAGACUAUAUCAAGAAGUGGAAAAAGAUCAACAUAACAAUCAGAUCCAUGUGAUGGAUUUUGGCUUUUUUAAAUCCAUUUUGUUGCAUAAAUU